AUGUUUCACACUUUUGACGGCAGCGAAAGCGCUUCGCGGGCGGCCCCAGGCCGACAGGGGCCCGGCGGAGAACGAGGUGAGACGACCGGCCGGCGAGUGACGACCGCGCGGGCGUGUACCUCCUGUCGCCAUCGCAAGAUCAAGUGCGACGGCGAGAGGCCGUGUGAGGCCUGUCGCUGGUACAGAAAGGCCGACCAGUGCCACUAUGCACACCCGCGGACAUCAGACAGUAAACGGGUCAAGGAAGUGUCCGCCACCCUUGACACAUACCGACGGGUUCUGGGCACGCUGUUCCCCAACGUCAACGUCGAGUCGCUGGAUAACCUGCCUCGCGAGAAGCUGCUCGAAGUCCUCGCCGCUCAGUCGCAGCAGUCGCCGGGCAGUAUACCGCAGCCCAGCUCCUCGCCAACGGCCACCCUGGCAUCCGUAGCGACACAUGGCGACUCGACCGAGGAUGACAACCUGGAGCUCUUGCAAACCAUGCCCGCCGAGCCCCUCGACCGGCAACAUACUGGCUCUACCGAUCCCGACCAAGGCCUCUCGGACGAUGUCAACGGCCUGGCCUUGUGUGCUCGACAGCCCUCGUCGUAUCUCGGCAUCUCGUCGACCCAGGCUGUCCUGAAAGUCAUCGUGUUGUUAAACCCGGGCUGCGCCUCGUACUUGUCGCGAAAGCCCACCAGUGCUGGCGAGGGGACGGCGUAUGGAGCGCCAUCGGGCUGGCUGCCACAUGCGCCGGUGGCCCCGUUGCAGCCGCAGCAUCUCCCGCUCACCGAGAUGCAGUUCCUCGAUGCCUAUUUCCUCAUCUUCCAUGCAUUCUGUCCCAUGAUCGACGAGAAGUCCUUCCGCGAGACGUACCUCGCCGGCCACCGCCGGGACAAACCCUGGCUGGCCCUGUUGAAUAUCGUGCUGGCCCUGGGCAGCGUCGCGGCGACGAACCCAAACGACACGACGCAUCAGAUCUACUACCAGCGCUGCGAGGAGAACCUGGGUCUGAGCGCCUUGGGCAACCCGCAGAUCGAGAUCAUCCAGACGCUGGGUCUGAUCAGCGGCUGGUACUGCCACUACCUCAGUCAGCCCGAACUCGCCCAGUCGCUCAUGGGCGCCGCCCUGCGAAUGGCAACCGCCCGGGGCCUCCACAAGGAACCGAUCAAGCACGACCAGGUGCUGGACCCGGCGACGGCGGCGUCCCUGGAUAUCAAGCGCCGCACCUGGUGGUCGCUGUUCUGCAUGGACACCUGGGCCGGUAUGACUCUCGGUCGGCCGAGCAUGGGUCGGACUGGUUUGACUAUCACGGUCAAGCCUCCCCACGGCCGGGACGAGGAAACACUUAUGGACGUUCUCCCGCUGGUGGAGAACAUUCGCUUUGCGCGGAUCGCCACCGAGAUCCAGGAACUCCUCGCAGCCGCGCCGCUGGGCAAGCACCAGGCCGCACAGAUGGACGCGCAGCUGCUGGAAUGGUGGGAGAACCUGCCGGCGAUUCUGAAAGACUACGAGCCGUGCCCGGAGCGCAUCAAGACGGUCCGCAACGUCAUGCGCUGGCGCUACUACAACCAGCGCAUCCUGCUGUACCGCCCCACGCUGCUGAGCUACGCGAUGCGGCGCGUGUCGUACCUGGCCCUGCGCACCGAGGAGCGCACCGCCAUCGAGAAGUGCCGCGAGAUGGCCGAGCUCUCCAUCCAGCACAUCGCCGCCACCGCGCAGACGAACCAGCUCGGCGGCUGGAACGCCGUCUGGUGGACCUUCCUGGCCUCGAUGGUGCCCCUGCUGGGGCUCUUCAUCAACGACCCGACCGCCACCGACCCGCGCGCCUCCAUCCGCUCCUGUCAGGCCCAGGUCGAGACCGCCAUGCUCACCUUCGCCCGCAUGCACGCCCUCGGCCAUACCGCCAAGACCUCCCUCGACGCCGUGUCGCGCAUCUUCGAGGCGAGCAAGCACGUCGAUAACCUCGCCGUGCAUGGCGCCGCCCUGCCGGUUCUUGCCCCGGCGGUGGAUUCCGUGCGCAGGGAUGCGACUGCGCUGGGGGUGAUGCCGCAGCCAGAGAUGAAUAGGGCGAUGACGAGCCACAGCGAGGCGGCCCACUUGGAUGCCCUCAUCUACCCGUUUGUCCACGAUGCCAAUGACCAGCAGAUGUGGGACUAUCUCAGCUGGGGGGAUAAUAGUAUGUGGCCUGGACUUGUUACGGAUAUAGCGAUGGCAUAG